CGAGCAGUCGCGUCAAGCUGACUAUUCCGGGCUUUUGGCUACUUGCCUCUGCACGUGGGCCGCUGUAGGUAUUCCGAUCGGUAAUUCCGCCUAUUGGUGUGCAGCAGCCACAUUGAAGGAUAGAGUGGCAACAGAGGCCAAGUAUCGUGAGUUGAUGGAGUUUGCUGCUGAAAAUGAAGGGAAGUCUGGGGGAGGCCUCCACAGCGUAGCUGAGGGGGUGCGGCUAAGUCCAGACCCUGGCAGGGAGGAAGUCAGGGACUUAGCACGGGCGGAGGAGGUCGGCGGCGGAGAGGAGGGGAAAGGGCUGACAGGGAUGAAGGAAAUAGGGGAUGGAGAGAAAGGAAGUGGACAAAGGCCAGAGGAAAUACCGAUGGACCUAACGGUAGUGAAGCAAGAAAUUAUGGACUGGCCAGAUACAGAAGGCAGAUUGGCUGGCCAGUGGGUAAAACAGGAGGUGGAGGAUAGGCCUGAGGUGAAGGAUGAGAACGCAGGCGUAUUGGAGGUGAAGCAGGAGACGGAUAGUAGUUUAGUGGUAAAAGAGGCGAAGGUGGGUGACCCAGAGGUAAAGGAAGAGAAGGUAAAGGAAGAGGUAAUGGACUGGUCAGAAUUGAAGGAAGAGAAGGAUAACUCGGAGAUAAAACAGGAGGAGAAGUUUGUUGGUCAAUACAUAAAAGAGGAAGUGAUGCAUGGAGAGUGUGUAAAAGAAGAGAAGGAUUUCCUGAAGAAAGAAACCGUGGAUGAUACAAAGGUGAAAGAAGAGCCUCCGAUAAAUCACCCGGUGGGUUGCAAGCGGAAACUGGCCAUGUCAAGGUGUGAAACUUGUGGUACAGAAGAAGCAAAGUACAGAUGUCCACGUUGUAUGCGAUAUUCCUGCAGUUUGCCCUGUGUAAAGAAACACAAAGCAGAACUGACAUGUAAUGGAGUUCGAGAUAAAACUGCAUACGUUUCAAUACAACAGUUUACUGAAAUGAAUCUCCUAAGUGAUUAUCGAUUUUUGGAAGAUGUGGCAAGAACAGCGGACCAUAUUUCUAGAGAUGCUUUUUUGAAAAGACCAAUAAGCAAUAAACAUAUGUACUUUAUGAAAAAUCGUGCCCGAAGGCAAGGUAUUAACUUAAAACUUCUACCCAAUGGAUUCACCAAGAGGAAGGAGAAUUCAACCUUUUUUGAUAAGAAAAAACAGCAGUUUUGUUGGCAUGUGAAGCUCCAGUUUCCUCAAAGUCAAGCUGAGUACAUAGAAAAAAGAGUACCAGAUGAUAAAACUAUUAAUGAAAUCCUGAAGCCUUACAUUGAUCCUGAAAAGUCUGAUCCUGUAAUUCGUCAAAGGUUGAAAGCCUACAUUCGCUCUCAGACUGGGGUUCAGAUUUUAAUGAAGAUUGAAUAUAUGCAGCAAAAUUUAGUAAGAUAUUAUGAACUAGAUCCUUACAAAAGUCUCCUAGACAAUUUGAGGAACAAAGUGAUCAUUGAGUAUCCAACAUUACAUGUGGUAUUGAAAGGAUCCAAUAAUGACAUGAAAGUUCUUCACCAAGUGAAAAGUGAAUCUACCAAGAACCUUGGCAAUGAAAAUUGAGCACUUUUUUCUGGAAGAAGAAUGUGAAAACUUCCAGACAACUGCAGCAGACUCUGCACUGAUGGACUGUUGGCUGAUUGGGGUAUUGUCAAUGGGUGAUGGUGGAAUUUUUUCUUUGUAUGAAAAAUAAGCUUAACUCUUUUAAAAAAUGUGUCUUAUAGCCUCUUGAAUUAAUUGACUUGUAAGACCCCUUUAUUCAUAUUAAGAACUCUCCUUUGCACUUGAUCAGCAUAGUACUUAUUAGG